AUGGCUUCUUCAAAAGAGAAUUUCCCGGGUUUGAUCAGACCCCCAAAGUCUCAAGGGGGUUUGUUGCAAGGAGGCCAAAAUUGUAUUGGGAAGAAUAGAAGGGCAUUAAGUGCAAUUAAUGCGAACAUAACUGGAGUUCUUCCCCCUCACCCUCGUGCUGUUGUAAAACGAGGGGCUCUGAAAGAGAAAAACGACUCCUGUAGUAAGAAUCAUGUUCCUGUGCACCGUCCUGUCACUAGGAGGUUUGCUGCACAAGUGGCUGUCAAAGAGCAGCAUCCAUCACUUGAGAAAGUAAAGCCACUCGUGCAAUCGAAUUCGGGCACAAACUGUCCGGAGGACUGUAUUAUUAUAGACGCAAUAGAUGAAGAGGAUCACAAGGCCAUGGACGAACAUGACGUGCCCAUGUUCGUGCAGCAUACAGAAGCUAUGCUGGAGGAAAUCGAUAGCAUGGAUGUGGAAGUGGAAAUGGAGGAGAUUGAUGGGGAUGAUGAUGAGCCUGUGGUUGAUAUAGACUGUGUCGAUAAGAAAAACGUGCUUGCGGUUACCGAGUACAUUGAUGAUAUACACGAUUACUAUCUGAAAACUGAGAGAACAAGUUGUGUGCCACCAAAUUACAUGGCAUGUCAAUCUGAUAUCAAUGAGAGAAUGAGGGGGAUCCUUAUCGACUGGCUGAUUGAGGUGCACUACAAAUUCGAGCUGAUGGACGAGACAUUAUAUCUGAUGGUGAACAUAAUCGAUAGAUUCUUGGCAGUGAAAGCCGUGUUGAGAAAGAAGCUACAGCUUGUUGGGGUCACUGCUAUGCUCCUUGCUUGCAAGUAUGAAGAGGUUUCUGUCCCGAUUGUGGAUGACCUUAUUUUCAUAUCCGAUAAGGCUUACUGCCGUAAGGAAAUUCUUGAUAUGGAGAAACUAAUGAUCAACACAUUGCAAUUCAAUCUGUCUUUGCCCACUCCAUAUCCGUUCAUCAGACGUUUCCUUAAAGCCGCUCAGUCUGACAAAAAGUUGGAGAUGCUAUCCUUCUUCAUGGCCGAGCUUUGCCUCGUCAGUUACGAGAUGCUUAAGUUCCCGCCCUCGUUGCUAGCUGCAGCUGCAGUUUUCACGGCCCAAUGCACUCUGAGCGGAUGUAAGCAGUGGAGCAAAACGUGCAUGAGCUACACGAGUUACAGCCAAGACCAGCUCAUGGAAUGUGCUAAAAUGAUGGUGGAUCUCCACAGGCGGGCGGGGACCGAGAAGCUUACAGGGGUGCACAAAAAGUACAGCUGUUCUAAGUAUGGCCAUGCUGCUAAGAUCGAGCCUGCUCAUUUUCUCGUUGAUGACGGGUUUUUCUGA